CAUUAGCCUCUUCUUGUCCGCUUUUAAAGUUUGGCGCACCAGGAAUUAGGGUUUUCGCUCGAACCCAGCAGAAGCGGCGAGGCACACCUCCAUUUCCAGCUCCCGUCAGCCACCAUGGUCCUCAAGACUGAGCUUUGCCGCUUCAGCGGUGCCAAGAUUUACCCUGGCAGGGGAAUUAGAUUUAUCCGCUCGGAUUCCCAGGUUUUCCUCUUUGCCAAUUCGAAAUGCAAGAGGUACUUCCACAACCGCUUGAAGCCUUCAAAGCUCACGUGGACGGCCAUGUACCGGAAGCAGCACAAGAAGGAUAUUGCUGCUGAGGCCGUGAAGAAGAAGCGCCGGGCCACCAAGAAGCCGUAUUCCAGGUCUAUAGUCGGUGCCACCUUGGAAGUUAUCCAGAAGAAAAGAACUGAGAAGCCAGAAGUCCGAGAUGCUGCACGUGAGGCUGCUUUGAGGGAAAUUAAGGAAAGGAUCAAGAAGUCGAAGGAUGAGAAGAAGGCAAAGAAAGCUGAAACGACGGCCAAGACCCAGAAGUCUCAAUCCAAGGGAAAUAUGCCCAAGGGUGCUGCACCUAAGGGCCCCAAGCUUGGAGGCGGCGGCGGAAAACGUUGAAUCCCAGCUUAAACAUCCAGAUUACCGACUGUUUCGAUUUCUGACUCGUUUAAGCAAUAUAUUUUGGCAAUCUUUUGCGGUAUCUUCUGUCUGAUCCGCUUAGUUUUUGUUUAGUGCAAGUUUUGACAGUGCUGUAAGCUGAAUAUCAGUUCAAAGGUUGUGCUUCUGUUUGCUUA